GCGCUCCGGUAUUUAUCGUAAUCCAAUGAAUUGCUGCUACAUUCCUUUGUGUGAGACUGUCACUAACGUGACAAAACCUCAGGAACUUUGAUUGUCAGCGUUUCUUCGUCAAGAUAGUAUGGUCUGGAGGAGGAAGGAAUUUUUAUCACAACCAGUGGCGAGCACAACACAUUACCGUUUACGUGUGUGGUAUUUUGGUUGAUGGGUUGAUAGUGUAAAAACACUCGGUGGCAACUCAGGAGGAUUACGACCGUUCAAACCAGCAGCAGCUGUGCCGCGCUCACUCUAGAUUCAAGUGAACCAAGAGAUUGCUCCCUAAAUUUCCCGGCGCUUUUCUCCCUCACAUGUAACUACUCAUCACACUUGCAUGUGGUUUGCUAACGUUGUUAACGUCUGUGAGGGUCACGCUGGAGUACCCAAGACGAAAGUGAUCAACAAAGAACUGUUUUCAGCUGCGGCACGUGCCGUCCGAACACAGGCUACCUACGGCACGAGCCGCACGUGUGCUUGGGCGGGGCUUCCGGGCUUCUCUGCCUUCCCAUUGGUCUAAUAUUUGGCGGGAGUGAGUUUGAUUGGGAGUCUAACGGAAGGUGGGUGGUGCAAAUGCACGCGCGUAGGUCUUUCAGCCCCGGCACGCGCAGACGCAUUUCGUUACCGCCACGGCAGGAGAGAUACAGUGGUGCGCCGAAACCUUGAAUAUCGGCGGUACAUUUUGAAGUGUUAAGGUCAAGCAACGUGACGAAAUUGAAUCUUGGUCUGCGAGUAAUGCUACGAAUGUUGUGAGGCUGUGCUUGUGUUAGAAGUAUGUGAGAGGAAGGGCGAGGAGAGGCCAGUGAUAGCAACCAGUGGCGGAGGUGGUGGUGGUGAUAGUGGAGGAAAAGCAAUGUCGCGGGAGGUGGCAAUCAUGCAGCGGCCCAUCAAGGUGGAGGUGCACAGCCCGGUGAAGCCUGAGGUGCUGAAGCCUUCCAACACGCCCAACAUCCUCGGCACCAGCAAAGCUUCCUCCAUGGCCAGCAAGGCGAUCACCAACACCCUCGGGAAGAUCACCUCGAACUCCAUUACCAGAACAACAAACAGCAAUAAUCUUAGCAUCAGUAAAGACACGACAGGGAGAGUGAACCAGAAGCUACAAACGAGUAGCCCCAAGUCAGUCGUGAUCUCGUCCUCAUCCCUCGCGGCAAAGUCUCCUCUGAAACCUCUACUGCCCAUCAGACCUUCCCCAACACCCAAAGUUUCUAUAGCCACCUCUCGUUUAGCCCAUCGCUCUCCACAGUCUCUCAGCACCUUCGUCAGAACUCCCUCCGCGGGUUCCUCUUCUCUCUCCACGUCGGCAGCCUCGCCCUCCUCUGCCUCCGCCUCCAGUAUUUCGCCAGUGAAGUGUCGCAGAAGGAUUAACUACAGUGAUUCCGAUGCGCCUGUGCCCGUGUCGAGGAGAAACGCAAGGGAACGCAACAGAGUCAAGCAGGUGUCCCAAGGGUUUGCUCUCCUAAGGCAGCACGUCCCUCAGGCUGCAAGGAAAAAGAAGAUGAGCAAGGUGGAAACUUUGCGCUGUGCCGUGGACUACAUUCGGGGGCUGCAGCUGCUGCUGGACAGUGACCCUCCGUCCCAGAUGCCGGGGCCCUCUCCUGUCUCUGCCGUCCACAGCUUCCACCACCAUCACCAUCACCAACAGCUGCAGCAACAACAAACCCAGGUGUUCCUGCAGCCUCCACACGCCAUAGAGCCGCAUAUCCUCAAGCUCCCAGUGGCCGACGAGACCUUCCAGUCUCCAGUCUCUCUCAGAUAUGACAGUGUCACCGGAACCUUCUUCAGGACUUCUCCCACUGACUCUGAGGGCAGCCAGUCCCCCGCCCACUCCUUCCUGGACAAGCAUCCUUCCCCGCCCAACGCCACGCCCUCGUCCUCCUUAGGUGUGGGUGUGAUUAAGACUGAAAACAUUGAUGGCAAGUCGUAUGGGCGAGAGGAGCAAGACCUGUUGGAGGCGCUGGCCUGGUGGCAACACAACAUCCAUCCAUAGUGACUGAGGCAGAGUGAAGGGUGAGGGUGGUGCUGUGAGACAGGAAGCAGGCAGGAAAAGGGUUGAUUUAUUUAUGAUGAGUAACCCCUAGUGUGUGUGUGUGUGUGUGUGUGUGUGUGUGUGUGUGUGUGUGUGUGUGUGUGUGAGAGAGAGAGAGAGAGAGAGAGAUGGGGAGUUUCAUGCACGAAUGCAUUGUAAAGUGCAAACAUCCGUAUCAUUUAUCCAUUUUCUUAUUACACUGAAUAUUUAAAAGUUUUACCAAACCCUUGAGAAAAUGUGUAUAUCAUACGUAAGCUGCUUCUUAUCCGAGUGAUAGCGAGGAAACUGCAUCGGAGCCACAUCGGUCAGUGAAGGCCUGACUAAAAUAUGAAUCAUUGAAGACGAAUGCACCACACGAAAAUGUUCUCCCUCACGACGAUUUUACUGCCCUGUUCAGAGCUGCCUCGGGAUCCCGCAAGGUAAAUAGUGUCCGUAUGUGUUCAUAGAAAGAUCUUUCAGUUAUUUAUCCUUUACUCGAUCACUGCCUCUUCCUUAACAGGUUGCUAUUCUAGUCCAGACCGAGAGAGUGAAUCUCGGGUCGCUCACAAGUAACACGAACUGUACUAUUUAUGCCUUAGGUCUCCAGGACACACAAGUUGCUUUAUAUUCAUCACAUAAUAUUUAUUGAACUAUAAACUGUACAUAUGUAACACACUUAUAAUUUGAAACGUGGUAAUGUAUUUACUGAUAUAUAGUCUUAGCUACAUUGAUGAAAGCAGUGUUUACACGAGCAAGUUAUUCCUGAGUGCCUUAUGACUCGUCCAGUAGCUGAAUCAUCAACAACGAGUGAAUGUUUGCACAGUAAAUGGAUUUAUUCU